AUGAGAUAUAAAAAAUUAUCGAUCAAAUAUUUAUUUUUUAGCCUUUCACUUAUUAUUUUAUUUUCAGAAGGGUUUAUCUCAAAUUCAACAGGUAUUGAUAAAAAAUUCUAUAAAGACUUCAUACAGAAAUAUUCUGGUUAUAAUCCACAAGUAGAAGAUAUUGCAUCCAAGGAGCUUGAACGCUUUAAUAGUCACACAUAUGCCGAUAAUGCAGGAGCAGGUUUAUAUCAAAAAUCUCAGAUAACUGAAAUCCACGAUGAUUUGAUAAGGAAUGCAUAUGGAAAUGCUCAUAGUAGAAAUCCUUCAGCUAAGUUAACAGACAAAAGGUUAAAUGAAGCAAGAGAUCUUAUUUAUAAGUUUUUUAAUAUAGAUAAAUCCAUAUAUUCAAUUAUAUUUACAGGUGGAGCAACUGGUGGAUUAAAAUUAGUUGGAGAGAAUUUCCCUUGGACUUUGGAGAGUAAGUAUUUUUAUCUUCGUAUAAAUCACAACUCUGUAUUGGGAAUUAGAGAAUAUGCUACUAAUAAUGGUGUAAAUUUUAGUGCAUUAUCAUAUGAUGAGGUUGAAAAAAUUCUUAAAAAACAAAAGGAGACUAAAGGUAAUAAGCGUUUACAAAACUCUUGUAAUGACAAUAUGUGUGAAAAUCUCGACUAUAUAAAUAGACAAUCUAUGAAAAGUAAAUUUCAUAAAACACACUGUUUAUUUGCAUUUCCUGCAAAAGAUAAUUUUGUUGGUCAAAAAUAUCCACUAGUCUGGAUUAAAGAUAUUCAAAAAUAUGGAUUAUCGGAUGAUUGUGUGUGGAAAGUAUUACUAGAUGCUGCAGCUUUUGCACCAACUGAACCAUUAGAUAUAACUGAAUAUCCAGCAGAUUUUGUAGUAAUAUCAUUUUAUAAGAUGUUUGGUUAUCCAACUGGUUUAGGAAUUUUGAUUAUAAGGAAUGACGAUGCACAAUUAUUUAACAAAGUUUAUUUUGGAGGUGGAGCUGUUGUAAUGGCUUCUUGUGACAGUAGAUGGUGCAAAAUGAAAGAAACUCCCAGUAUGAAGUUUGAAGAUGGAACUGUCCCAUUUUUAAAUAUAGCUUCACUAAAACAUGGCUUUAAGAGACUUGAAUAUUUUGGUAUGAAAAAUAUUUCUAAUCAUAUAGCUGCGCUUUCAAUGUAUGUAUAUGAGGAAUUAUCUUCGCUAACACACUUUUCUGGAAAGCCUGUUGUUAUAUUUUAUGGAAGAAAAGAUUUACCACCAAAUGGUGGUAUUGUUAAUUUCAAUAUACUGCGACCAGAUGGCAGUGUUGUAAAUUUUGGUCAAGUUGAACACAUGGCAUCUGAAAACCAUAUCCAUUUACGUACAGGUUGCUUUUGUAAUCCAGGAGGAUGUCAAGAUUUCUUAAACUUGAGUUUAGAAGAAAUGCAAGUUGCUAGCGAGAUACGUGACUCAUGUUCUGAUCCAGGACAACUUAAUAAUAAACCAUUAGGAUCUGUUAGAGUUAGUUUUGGAUAUUUGUCUACAUAUAAAGAUGCCAAAAAUGUGGUGAAUUUCAUUAAAAAAUACUUUGUGCUAUGA